AUGGAGGAGCAGGUCAAGCCGGUCUCGAGGAUCAAGCGACAUGACCGCGGCGCCGCCGCCGGCGACAAAAGUAAACCGGUGCCGCAAGUGGAGGCUAAGCAGGAUGACGUCAAGCAGGAGGAAGCCAAGCAGGAGGAAGUCAAACAGCCGAAGAAGUUGAUUUCUCGUCCGAAGGCGCCAAUGGCAGUCGUAGCUGCCCCGGAAGCGACACUCUUGACGCACAAGGAUCCUGUCACAAUGGGCCCUGUAGCACCUGCUGGCCCCGCUCCACCAUCAGCGGCGGCAGCAACGACACUGGCAAUGGGAGAUGCGUCGGCUGCAACGCACGUCGCUGGGACUGUGGAGGAUAUUUUUGAGAUUGCAUACGACAACUACACCUCAGAGGAUUUGCAUGCACUGCUGAAGCGCGUGACACGUCAGGAGGUGGAGAAGCGCAUGUUGGAGCACGAGCAGCUGCGGCAGAAGCGGCAGAAGGUUCCACAGGUGGAGCGCUUCCUAGACGUUACCUCAAAGGUGGGUAGCAGCAGCGGUGGCAACAAGGCCACGGAGGAGGGCUGUGGGUAUAACUACAGCGUCAUGCUGCGGCGCCUCUUUGUAGCGCUCAACCGCAACAAGGAGAGCAGUGCCAUGUCGGAGCGCAAUAAACUCCCUGAGCCAAAGCUUGAGAAGAUUGGAAAGAAGAAGGUUAUUAUCACCAACUUUGGACGCAUCUGCCAGGCCUUCAACCGCCCCGUCCAGGAUGUCAAGGACUACAUUGAGAAGGAGCUUUCUGUAGGUGGCAACCUGGACAGCAACGAUGCCCUUAUUCUCAAGUACGAGAUUCAGAAGUCAACGGCGUUUGACAACAUCCUCUACAAGUAUCUUGACGAGUUCGUGAAGUGCAACUCGUGCCACAGAAUCGACACGACACUCACGAAGGAGGGUCGACGCAUGGAGCUCCGGUGCAAUUGGUGCACGGCCACGCGUACUGUGCAGGCCGUUGGUUCCGCGACGUACAGCGCCCAGGUGGGCAAACGUUCGAAGGCACGGCUGCAGGCAAUGACUCUCUAA